AUGGUGGUCGUGUUAAAUGGCGUGCUCGCCGAUGAGUGCCCAACAUCCGUGCGAGCGUUGUUAGCAGCUCACCCCGGCUACAGAGAUGCUGCAGCUCAGUUGCUGGCGGCAGCAGCCCGCGUGGUCGCACCGCCAGGUCUUCUUUAUGUGGGACAGAGGGAGUUGGCAGCCGUUGUACCACAUGACAAAAACGUCACCAUCAUAGGCUCAGAUGAUGCAACAUCAUGUAUUAUUGUAGUCGUGAGGCAUUCAGGGUCUGGAGCAGUAGCAUUAGCUCAUUUAGAUGGGUCGGGAACGGCAGAGGCAUCAGCCGCUAUGGUGGCCAAAGUACAGCAACUGGCUGUGGGGUAUCCCGAAGGAAGGCUGGAAUUGCAGCUAAUUGGUGGCUUCACAGACCCUCAUAGAUAUUCUGACGAGCUGUUUGCUAAUAUUAUGUUAUCAUUCCACCGCUUAACCGAAGAAAUCGACCUGACUCUGGCCUGCUGCUGCGAGUUGAACACGUCCCUCGGCGGAGGGUCACCUUCUCCUCUGGUAACAGGAGUCGGAGUGGAUAUCAGAGCUGGUGACCUCUUCCCGGCCACUUUUCCUGAUAAGGGGCCAGAAUUGCCCCUCCGAUGUGCCAGGACCAUUACAGGCGGACCCAAUUCAUCACAAGUACUGGACAUAUACGACAACGGAGUGGGUAUGGUCCGUAUCGGUCCGUUCUCUUACGACCCUCUGAGGGGCGUGGACCUCUGGUUGGAGCAGGCCGAUGACUUCAUUCUGCAUCACCUGAGUACCACGCCCAACGCGGAACCACCGCACUUCGUACACAAUAUCCGCGUGACACUAAAGUUCAUUCAGCAGCAUCCGUUUCCAGCAGUCACAGUGUUCCCCGACAGUCGGCCUCACUACUACCGCCGUGAUGAGCAGACGGGAUGCUGGAUGCCAGUUCGGUUUUAA